GAAUUGCGAUUAAGCCGGCGUCUGGUACCAACCUGGGCGACGCCGAACCCAGGCGAUCAAACACACACACACCCACACACAUCAGCACCUCCGAUGAAACUCAGGCUAAACGCACCGCCAGUACACCUGGGAUAUACCCCUCGACCUCUGAUGCGCACGAGGCCUAUAGGGAGAACACAGCACCGCAGAAAGGCCGUACACAGCAACAGGACAAUGGAGACGGACCUUUGUCGCAGAAAGAUAGGGGAGACGACGGGCAACUAGAUGGAGUGCCCCGGACACGUGCAAGUUCACACCAAACAGUUUAUGUUGAGGGUGCGGCUGUGGUGACUAGAGGGCAAGGGAGUCACUCGGCAAAUGCGCUGUCUAUGGAGGUGGAUAGGGAUCGUGGCGAUACGCCUAGGUGA